UGCAGUGAGGGGUUUUCAGCUCAUGUGACACAGAUCCUGUAAGCAGCUGUAAUCUUCUCCUCCUCCUACAGGUCGUCUCUAAAGGGAUUACUGCAGACCUGAGGUCAGAGCGCCACAUUCUGCAGAAACAAACACAAGCAAAGCAACAACAAGCAGAAGAAGAACAGCUGAGGAUUGAUGUGUGGAGGCGCUGAAGACAGCAGAACAAGUCCACCGUCUGGAUGGACCUUCAUCUUACUGGCUCCUCUACCUCUGCUGCUGUGCUUGACCAGCUAACCUAAUCCCUGCAGUGGACUUCAACCACACAUUGGUGGUUUUACUGCUGAGUAAUCCAACAUUCAAUCCCAAUAGUUGGUGCUGCUGAGGCAGAUGGAUCCAGACAGAGAGGAAGAUGUGUUUUCAGACGCUGAAGACUCCUUCCCUCUGAAAGAAGACCAGGAAGAAGAAGACGAAGAGGAAGAAGAGGACGAAGAAGAAGAUGCCAGGAUCUUCAACGCCUGGAUGCAGCAGUACAGAGGAGGGGAACCUCAGAAGAAACAGGUGCAGGAAGAGAAGGAGGAGGAUGACGAGGAUGUGGAGUCAGAGGGAGGAAGACCUGAAAGCAGAUGCAGCUUUGAGUCGCCGGUCCAGAUGAGGGUUGACCGCCGCUCGUCUUUGCCCUGUCCGGCCACCCUCUCGUCCAUGCAGUUGUCUCGCCUUCACUCCUCCACACGUGCUCCAGUGACAGCCAGGGUUUUGCUGCGCCGCUCCUCCUCCCGCCGCCUCCUUCCCUCGCCACAGGAAGCUGCCGUCCCCCAGCUGGAGCGAAGACCCUCGCUCAUACCCAGCAUCCCCGAAGCCGUGCCUCCUGAGAGGCGGGCCCAGUUCAGACGGAGGAACGUCAUGUCGAUGAGUGAUGCGUACAGCAUGUGUCUGAUCUGCCAUAAUGACUUAAGCCAAGGAUCAGGAGGGACCAGAGAGCUGCAGUGUACACCACCCUCCACAAAGAGUGCAUAG